AAAAGCGGCCCACAAUUUUUCCUAUAAAAAUACUAUCCAUCAUCUUCUCCAAAGUCGCUCUUGCUUCACUCACUGCUUUUUGCAGUGAAAAAGCUCUCCAAAUCCCCAUAAGAUCCGACCCGUUUCCUCUUCCAAUCUCUCCUCCUUCAUCCUCCACCUUCAGAUCGUAAUCUUCAAAAAAUGGCGGAUCUUGAGGCUCCGUUGGUUCGCCCGAAGAGGAAGAAGGUGUGGGUUGACUAUUUUGUCCAAUUUAGAUGGAUUAUUGUCAUAUUUGUAGUGCUUCCAAUCUCUUUCACUCUCUACUUCCUCACGUAUCUUGGGGAUGUUAGAUCCGAGUGGAAGUCCUACAAGCAACGCCAAAAAGAACACGAAGAAAACGUCAAGAAGGUUCAAAAACGUCUCAAAGAAAGAAACCCAUCGAAAGACGGGCUUGUAUGUACGGCCCGAAAGCCAUGGAUCGCAGUUGGAAUGAGGAACGUUGAUUAUAAACGGGCCCGUCAUUUUGAAGUUGACCUUUCGGCUUUCCGCAACAUUCUUGAAAUCGACCAAGAACGAAUGAUAGCCAAAUGUGAGCCGUUGGUCAAUAUGGGUCAGAUCACACGAGCCAGUGUUCCCAUGAAUCUGGCUCUAGCUGUUGUGGCUGAGCUUGAUGAUCUAACCGUUGGUGGACUCAUAAACGGUUACGGAAUCGAAGGAAGCUCCCAUUUGUACGGUCUUUUCUCUGAUACCGUGGUGGCCUAUGAGAUCGUUCUUGCAGACGGUCAAGUGGUUCGAGCCACUAAAGAUAACGAAUACUCCGAUCUUUUUUACGCGAUUCCUUGGUCUCAAGGAACACUCGGUUUGCUUAUGUCAGCCGAAAUCAAACUCAUUCCCAUCAAAGAAUACAUGAAGCUGACAUACAAACCUGUAAGAGGCAACGUGAGAGAUCUCGCACAAGCGUAUAUAGACUCUUUCGCCCCUGAUUUUGACGACGAGAACAACGAAAAAGUUCCCGAUUUUGUCGAAACAAUGAUUUACAAUCCGCACGAGGGUGUAUGCAUGACAGGAAAGUACGCGUCUAAAGAAGAGGCCAAAAUGAAAGGGAACAAGAUCAACAGUGUUGGUUGGUGGUUCAAACCAUGGUUUUAUCAGCACGCUGAAACGGCUUUGAAAAAAGGCGAAUUUGUGGAGUAUAUCCCGACAAGAGAAUAUUAUCAUAGACACACUCGGUGUUUAUAUUGGGAAGGGAAGCUUAUUCUUCCGUUCGGUGAUCAAUGGUGGUUUAGGUUUCUGUUCGGGUGGUUAAUGCCACCGAAGGUUUCUCUUCUUAAGGCUACACAAGGUGAAGCCAUUAGGAACUAUUAUCAUGAGAUGCACGUUAUUCAAGAUAUGCUUGUCCCGCUUUAUAAGGUCCCGGAUGCUCUCGAGUGGGUUGAUCGCGAAAUGGAGAUAUAUCCCCUAUGGCUAUGCCCCCACCGACUUUACAAGCUCCCAUGUAAGACGAUGAUAUACCCCGAGGAAGGGUUCGAGCAAGAACGCAGGCAAGGUGACACCUCAUACGCCCAAAUGUACACUGAUGUCGGAGUCUACUACACACCGGGACCUGUGUUCAGGGGUGAGGUAUUCGACGGGGCUGAUGCGGUUCGUCGAUUGGAAACUUGGUUGAUCGAGAACCACGGGUUCCAGCCGCAAUACGCAGUUUCGGAACUCGAUGAGAAGAAGUUUUGGAGGAUGUUUGAUGCAGGGCUUUAUGAGAAGUGCAGGAACAAGUAUGGAGCUGUGGGGACUUUUAUGAGUGUGUAUUACAAGUCAAAGAAGGGUAGGAAGACUGAGAAGGAGGUCCAGGAAGCUGAGAAGGCUCAAGUGGAUACUCCUUAUGCUGAGGUGGACCAGCCCGAAUAGGUUAUCGGGCUAUGAGACGGGAAUCUGAAUUUACACGUUGGUUUAGGUUAUCAUGGACUUGUAGUUGUUGGUUUGUGUUUGUUGUUUGAUUUUAGGUGUUGAUUUGAAUUUUCAUGUGGACCUUGAGAUAAUUUUGUUUCUGUAGUAUCAGUCUGGCAGAAAUUGAAGUUGGUUUAUUAACUGUGUUGACCAGA